AUGGUGAACAUGGAUAGUCUCAAACUGAGGCAACUCAGCCGCGCGCAGAUUCAAGCUAUUGCAAAGCAAAAAGCCGUCAAGGCAGUUGGCAAGACGGAGGAAAUUAUCCGCCGAUUGAUGAAGAAACAUCCUGGAGGUGUUCCUAUGUCUAAAUCCCCUUCCUUGAAGGGAAGGUCUUCACGACAGAAAAAGCAAAGGACAUCACUGGACAGUAAUAAAAGGCAAGAACUUGAGCCAGAGAAGAGUGCGAUGAUGCCGGCGGCGGAAAAUGUCUCGGCAGUCGCAGGUCCCUCCAACGCGGUACCUGAGCAAUCGCAUGCAAUAUCACAUCCCGAUCUCGAGCCGAGUGCCAUAUUCAAGGUUGGACCUCGUCAAGACAGCGCGGGUGGAAACAUCACUAUCGGUGGUGAAGGAUAUUACGACGAAGAUGACGACGAUACCACCAGCUGGAAAUCAUUUCCCAGAGUGGAGAAUGGGCCAACUAUCAGAGAGGUUCGACACAUACUGCGAGAAUUCACCACACUUGUAGACGACAAACCGGGGAUUAAGAAGAGGAUGCUGGAAACAUCUAUGUUGAUCGAGCGUGCCUCCAAGGUCGUUGACGCAGUCCAAGCGGCUGUGGAAGAAACAUGCUGGACAAGAAUCGUACUGGAGGAAGAUCUGAUGGCCAAGAUGAAGGAAAAGGAUGAGAUAUGGGAUGGAACGGCCCAGAUGGAGGCAGGAGCCAGAAGAAAGCGGAUCGCCUGCUUGAAACGUAAGAGAAAGUUAGCGAGGCAGGAAAAGUGGGACAAGCAAGCCAAAGAGAAUGCUGAAUUGGGUAUGGAUCCGCCGGGAUAUGACUCGGCAGCAGAAAGCUCAGAGUAUUCCGAAUCAUCAUCCAGAGGAGAUAGCAUUGGAAGAGGAGGUAAACGCUCGCUAGAAGACGAAACAGAGGUCGAACGCCCGAGCAAAAGGACCCGCCCCUGA